UAAAAAUAAGAUAACAAGUCACUCUAAGAAGUUGAUAAAUUCAAUCUAACUUGCAAUAAAUCACAUCAAUCAAAUCUAGUCCCAUAUAUUGGCAUCCUAGUUGUCAAAAAAUAGGAAAAAAGGAAAGAAAAGUUGUUGUUUUUCCAAUUUUUAUAAUCCAGAAAUAACCAAUCCAUUAUUUUCCACUUCUUCAACACAAAACAUCUAUAAAAACCAAUUUGAUAAGGUCUUGUCAUUUCAAUAUUAUUUUUUUUUUUCAUAAUCAUAAGGUAUAUAUUUUCAUCCAAAAAUGGAUUCUUUUAGAGGGGGAAAUAUUUCCUAUGAAGAAAUCAAAAUUGAAGAUGAAGAAGAGAUUAUCACCUUCAACAAUAAUAUUCAAGAUCAAGAAAAUAAACAAAAGGAAAAACAGUACAUUGGUGAUAGAAAGAGGCCAUGGGGAAAAUAUGCAGCUGAAAUUAGGGAUUCGACACGAAAUGAAAUUAGGGUUUGGCUAGGAACAUUCGAUACUACAGAAGAAGUUGCUUUAGCUUACGACCAAGCUGCAUUCUCGAUGCGCGGUCCAUCAACUUAUCUUAAUUUUCCAGUGGAGAGAGUUCAUGAAUCGCUACGAGUAUUCAAGUAUACUGGUCAAGACGGUUCAACAUCUAUAACCGAAGUUAUAAAGCAGAAACACAAGAAGAGGAAUAGUAAAGGUAAGAAAAUAAUAACAUCUACUAAGGAAGAAAAUAAUGUGUUGGUUCUUGAAGAUUUGGGUCCUGAUUUAUUAGAUGAACUCUUAUCUAAGUUUUCUACUUCUAAGUGAAUUGGGAAAAGUUAUCGUUUCCACCUAAACUAAGGGUGUCAAGUGGGCCGGAUCGGCUCGGCCCGGCCCUUAUAACUAACCCAGUCCGGUAAGCCCUAGAGCUUUAGGGUUCCAGAUCACGGGUCAAUUAUUUUUUUAAAAUGGGUCCGGCUAACCCGGUUCAGAUACCUUUUUUUAAAAAAAAAAUAAAAAUUGGGAUUUGGGGCCAAACUAGCCGU